UUUAAAAAUGGGACGUCGCUCCUCGGACACAGAAGAAGAGAACAGAAGCAGAAGGAAGAAGAAACACCGCAGGCGUUCAUCUUCAAGUAGCUCCUCAGACAGCAGAACGUACAGCCGUAAAAAAUCUGGGAGGAAGUCGAGGUCAAGGUCGCGGUCUCGAGAUCUCCAGUCUCGUUCACAUUCUUAUGAGAAAAGACGCAGACACAGAUCGAGCAGUAGCUCUUCGUACGGUUCUAGAAGAAAACGCAGUCGUAGCCGAUCAAGGGGCAGAGGCAAAUCCUACAGGUCUCAAAGAUCGAGAUCAAAAAGUAGAACAAGAAGAUCACGAUCAAGACCUCGUCAACGUUCUUAUAGUCGAAGUAGUGAAAGAUCCAGUCAUAGGAGAACUCAUAGCGGGUCUCGUGAAAGAGAGCGGCGUAAAGGCAGAGAGAAAGAAAAAAUAAAAGAGAAGGGCAAAGGAAAAGAAAAGGAGAUAUAUGGCACGAAGCAUGGGGACUCUGGAAACAUCAAAGCUGGAUUAGAACAUCUGCUGCUGAACGCUUUUACACAGCUCAUAUAUCAGCUGGAUAGUAGUAAAACCAAAUUUCCUUUCUCCAUUGUAUAUAACAAAGAUAGUUCUGGGCGAGAAGCAAACUGGGAAAAAUCUUCAGCUGGUGUUGAGGCAGCUGCUAAAGCAGAUGAAGCGUUAAAGGCUAAAGAGAGAAGCGAAGAAGAAGUGAAGAAAAAAAAGGAGGAAGACCAAGCCACCCUAGUAGAGCAAGUGAAACGAGUAAAAGAAAUUGAAGCUAUUGAAAGUGACUCCUUUGUUCCACAGACAUUCAGAUCGAGUAAAGAAGUCAAAAAGUCAGCAGAGCCUAUUGAACUACAGUACGAACCUGUAACUAUUGGAGCGGGAACUGCUGAUGCAUCUGCUCCUGAAAAAGAGCCACCGCCUGCCAAUAUUCCUACUGCCAUCAAAUAUCAAGAUGAUAAUUCUUUGGCGCAUCCAAAUCUGUUCAUCGAGAAGGCAGAAGCAGAAGAGAAGUGGUUUCAGAGGCUGAUUGCUCUUCGGCAGGAGAGGCUGAUGGGCAGUCCUGUGGCCUGAGCCAACCGCUGGGACUAUCACAUACCAGUUCUCCACGAAUGCUAAGAAAUCUUACCAUUAAAUUGUUUUAUUUUUCUCUUUAGAGGGGAUUUUAAUACUUGGUGUGAGUUGUACAGAGAAUAAAUAUUUCGUUUGCGUAAACAAGAACGUUCUAUCCUCUGUUUUUCUCCCGAACUCCUUGCUGGGUGACUCGUACUGCUGAGCAACCCGCUGUGGAUGGGAAGGCCAUCAGGGCAGUCUGAUUUUCUUGGGGUUUUGUGCCGAAUUCCUCCGGGGUGCAAAAAAUCUGACAGCCCAAGGAGAUGUAAUUUUACCCUUCCCAAUCCAAAAAAAUACAUAUAACCAUGUAGCAGCGUAAAGAUAAAUGACAAGGCUGUCAAAGAACGUUCAGGAGCACAGCGAUACCACCCCGGGCCGUUACAUCUGCUGCAGCUGGGGGAGGAUUUAGGGCCAGUGACACCACUGUUACCUCUCCUUCCUUCCACUCCAGCAGCUUGUGAAUCCCAAAGGUCUGGGGACAGUCUCCUUGCUGAGGGGCUCUUGGAAAUGGGUGCGUCCCCCCACCCGCUCCAGCCUCAGCCUGCUUCCUCUCUCCUGGUGGGCUCAAGCAAAAAAAUAGAUGUUUUAUGUUUCCUUGAACAUCUGCCCACUCCUGUUGGCAUCCGGGAGUAGAUGUAAGGAAAAAGUUAUGUUCUCCUUUUAAACAAAACCGUAAAGUUUUCAGCAGGUUUCAAGAAAUAUUAUUUUCCGAGCAGUUUUAAGCACAUUAAAAUGUUCAAUAAUCUGGAAAGGGCAGCUUUCUAUGAACUCUGAAUGGGAAAUAAGUAUUAUUGUGCAUAAUGGUACAGACCUUUGUUGAACAAGACCAAUGGCACCUCUGUUUCUGUACAGAACAACUCUUUCCAGCCUACGACGCUUCUAUCUGACUAGGUGUGACUUUAAAUAAUGAAAGAUUAGUCCUAUCUGAACACAGCAAACUUACCCCGAGUAUACUUACAAAAAAAUAUCUGUUAUCCAACUAAAUGCCAGAGAUCAACCAAAUAAAAUGCAAAAGUAUUUCUUCCGAGGUAUCGAGCAAAGCUGUGAGAAAACUAUUACUUCAGUAGAAGCCUAAACUGAGCCCCCCUGCCCUGCCCUGGACUUUCCUCACUGGAAAUUACCUGCAUCAGCUUUCCUGUGCGAGUCACGGAAUCCGUAAGGUGGUUUUGAAGUGUUUUUCUCCUUGUUCUUAGAUCUAUGGAGGGGAAAAAAAAAAAAAGGGAUGAUUCUAGAAAUGUACUUUGGUUUUCUUAAUAGUUUUAGAUCACCAGUGUAAAAGGAAAAUGUAUUACAUUUGCAUUUAACACAUUUUUACUUUAUGAACAGUGUUAGUUUUACCUGGUCCUGCAUUAAAAGGGCUAUUGGUGUUCAAGAGUACCUUGUCUGCAGCAAAAAGUG